AUGACGAUGAAGCUGUUUCGACGCGGAUCGCCACGGUGUAUCGGGCUGCUGUCUGCGUUCGUGACGAUCCUGCUCUGCCUUUACUACAUCUCCAUGGGGCAACCGUCGCCGGCUGGAUCCGGCCCGUCUGCCCCGACCGGGAUGGACGGCAAGGACGCACCCGGCGCAGUGCCAGUCGGUGCAGCCCACCAGAAACGCUCCAACGGACAGCAUACGGGCCCGCAUGCAAACCAUUCGUGGCACAGCUGGUUGCGGAGCAACCUGAUCGGUGGUGGCGGUCCUGCCGCCGCCGGUGGCCGACAGCAGCGCAUCGCCAACCGAGUAGGUGAUAAUGUGCGAGGAGACUCGGCCGAUGCGGACGACAGUGGUGGAGCCGAUGCAGACGAGGGUGGCGGCGGUGGUGGAGAUGCUGGACAAGUGCCGCGCUUUGGCAGCCGGUGGGACGAGUGCAACGUGCUGGAGGAGGCAUCGACCGAUAUCACCACCGUGGACGAGUAUGGGAAAUUCGAUUUCCAGCCCGAAUGGAUGAAAACGAAAGAAUACUGGGACAAGGAUUUUGAAGCCCGCUAUGAAAAGCUACAAAAGGACCCGAAAAGGCCACCGCUUAAGAUUGUGGUGGUACCCCAUUCCCACAACGAUCCCGGCUGGUUGAAAACGUUCGUCAACUACUUCCAGUCCGAUUCGCGCCAAAUACUCAACCUGGCCGUCACCAAGAUGCCCGAGUACAGCAACAUGUCGUUCAUCUGGAGCGAAAUUAGCUUCCUGCAGCUGUGGUGGGACCAGGCACAUCCGACCAAACAGCGGAUACUGAAGAAAUUGGUUCAAUCGGGACGGUUGGAAAUCACGACCGGAGGUUGGGUUAUGACGGAUGAAGCCAAUGCCCAUCUGUACGCUAUGGUCGAUCAACUUAUCGAAGGACACCAGUGGGUAAAGGCGAACCUCAACAUAACACCCAAAACGGGCUGGAGCAUUGAUCCGUUUGGGCACGGUAGUACCGUGCCGUAUCUGCUGGCAGCAUCCGGCUUCAAGGGUACGAUCAUACAGCGGAUCCAUUACGCCUGGAAGCAGUGGUUCGCCCGCCAUCGGUACGGUGACUUCCUGUGGGCGCCAUAUUGGAAAAGUGCGUCGAACAGCGCGCGGGAUCACACGAUGCUGACGCACAACAUGCCAUUCGACAUCUACUCGAUCAAGCACUCGUGCGGACCGCAUCCCUUCAUCUGUCUCAACUUCGACUUCCGCAAAAUCCCCGGGGAAUACACGGAAUAUUCGAUCAAGGCACAGUUUAUCACACCGGAAAACAUUGAGGCGAAGGCCGAUCUGCUGAUGGAGCAGUACUCGCGCACGGCGUCACUGUUCCCCCACAACGUGGCGCUCAUCCCGGUGGGCGAUGACUUCCGGUACAACAAGGAGAAGGAAAUGGAACAGCAGUACACCAACUACAAGAAGCUGAUCGAUUACAUCAACGAACAUCGGCAGAAGUACAAUGCGGAAAUAAGCUUCGGCACACCGGUCGACUACUUCAACGCCAUUCGUGAACGGUACGAUCGGUUCCCCACCCUCAAGGGUGACUUCUUCGUGUAUGCCGACAUCUUCAACGAGGGACGGCCAGCGUACUGGUCCGGGUACUUUACGACCCGUCCCUACUACAAGAUCCUGAGCCGCGAGCUCGAACACAAUCUGCGCAGUCUGGAGAUUUUGUUUACGAUCGCGUUCAACCGUGCCCGCCAAACCAGCAGCUCGAAUGCGUUCAAAAUUUACGAAAAGAACUACGAAAAGAUGAUACUGGCACGGCGUAAUCUCGGGCUCUUCCAGCACCACGACGCCAUCACGGGCACGUCGAAGGCGAACGUAAUGCGCGACUACGCACUGCGGCUGUUCGAAAGCAUACAGGACACGGUGAAGCUGCAGGAGAAGACGAUCGAGCUGCUGGUGCAACGGAAACCGCUCGAUCAGCAGCACGGCUUCCUGAUCGGUGAGCUGGAGCGGGACAACUUCGGCAAGCUGCCGCGCAAAACGCCCAUCAUCGUGACGGAGGGUCGUAGCACGGACUUUAUCGUGUACAACGCGCUCGCCCAGGAACGGCUGGAGGUGGUCACGAUACGUACGCUAACGCCACGCGUCAAGAUACUGGACGCGGGUGGCAAAACCGUCGACAUCCAGAUCAACCCGGUGUGGAACAUUACGGAGACGUCGUACACGUCGCGCAAGAUUGUACCCUCGGACAAGGAGUACGAGGUGAUGUUUGUCGCACGGCUAGCGCCCCUGUCGCUGACCACGUACACGGCCGCGUACGAUGAGGACGGUUACCAGGGCAAGAUGGCAACGCUGUACUGUACCGAGUGUCAGGACGAGAAGACGAAAGCGUUCGAGGUACGCAGCAAACAGCCGGGCGACAUACAGCUGGAGAAUUACAAGAUGCGUCUGCUGUUCGACGAGCAGAGCGGGUUCCUGAAGUCGGUCACGAAGAAGCACAUGGGCAAGCAGAUCCAGUGCGCGAUCAAGUUUGCCGCGUACAAGAGCGCGCAGUUCCACUCCGGUGCGUAUCUCUUCAAGACCGAUCCGGAACAGCGUAACUCCGAGAAGGACGUGCUGGAGCAGUACGGUGAUCUGACCAUUCUUAUCACGUCCGGCCCACUGGCAAGCGAUGUGACCGCCAUCUAUGGACCGUUCCUGGCGCACACGGUACGCAUCUACAACUCGAACAGUGUGCUGGACAGCGCGAUCUACAUCGAAAACGACAUUGACUUCGAGGCACCGCCAAAGAACCGCGAAACGGAACUGUUCAUGCGGUUCGUAACGGACAUCGAGAACGGGGCGAGUGAAAAUCCGGAGUUUUACUCCGACCUGAACGGGUUCCAGUACCAGAAGCGGGUGAAAGUGGCGGCAAUCGGGGUGGAAGGAAACUACUUCCCCAUCACCUCCGGGGCGUUCAUCCAGGACGAUCGAAUGCGCCUAACGCUGCUGACCACGCACGCGCAGGGUGCGGCAAGCUUAGAACCGGGCCAGCUCGAGGUAAUGCUCGAUCGACGCACACUGUACGACGACUACCGCGGCAUGGGCGAAGGGGUCAUCGACAGCCGCCUGACGCGGCACCGGUUCUGGCUGACGCUGGAAACGAUCGAUACGCCAACGGCGGCCCAACCGGACCCACCGGCUGCAAACACCAACGAGGAACAGAAGCCCAGCGCCGACCCCUACCAGCUGCCUAGCAUCUUUGCCAACGCGCUGGCAAACGGGCUGAACUAUCCGGCCAACUUGUUCAUCGUCGAACGGUACGACGAAAGCAAUCAGCUGGAGCUGAACCGAGCGGUGCGCCUGCUGCGGGUACAGUUCCCGUGCGAUCUGCACAUGCUCAAUCUGCGCACGCUCACCGAGAGCAACCUGCCCCUGUUCCCGUCCAGCUCGGCGCUGCUGGUGCUGCAACGGCAAGGGUACAGCUGCCGAAUAGGAGGUGACGAGAUGAUCGGUCACUUCUGCGGCAACGGCAGCAGUAGUAGCGGUGGUGGUGGUGGUGGUGGUGGUGCUGGCAGCAGUACCAGCAAUCCAUCCAAAAACCCAAUCAUUGACGGUGGCGAUGGUAAUGCGAUCGACCAUCGUCUGCCGGAAGUGCGGGAACUGCAACUGUUCCGACGGUUACGGAUCGAAGCGAUCCAGGCAACGUCACUGACGGGGUUACACCCGGGCGAACGGAUCACCACGUUCACCGACAUCUAUCUCGAACCAAUGGAACUCAAAACGUACAACCUUACGUUCGCAAAGUAG